UUGUCCAGUCCGUGCGGACUUUGACCACGCGUUGCGUGAUAACUUUUUUUCGGAAGUGAUUAGCUAAUUCGGUGCUCGCUCGAGAAAUGCUUCCGCGGAACGCCCAAACCGUACGCCGCCUGAGCGUCCUCAAGCGGAUCCUGACCAGUGGCAACCAUAGCAGUUCUACCCGCUUCUGCUCGACGACCGGCGCCACAAUCCGCAUCGACGACGUCGAGAAGCAGAUCGAGCCACCCAAGCAGCCGGAACUGGUGCCGAAUGGCUAUGUUAAGGUUGCCGAGAGCGGGGAAGCGAACCUGUCCCAGACGAGGCUGCACCACCUGCGGUGGAUGCUCCAGAAGGACAAACUGGGCCAGGAUAUGAUCCUGCUGGGGAGGCCCAGGAAUCUGCGGCGUAACUUGAUCAUGCAGUUCUCCGAGUUGACCAGGAGGGAGAUUGAGUAUAUUCUGCUGAACCGGGAUACCACGGAGAGUGAUCUGAGGGAGGAGAUUCAGGACAGGACGGCGACGUAUUACAACCAGAGUGCGGUGAGGGCGGCGACCGAAGGUCGGAUAUUGGUUAUUGAGGGCGUGGAGAAGACGGAGCGUAAUGUGUUGCCGAUUUUGAAUAAUUUGCUGGAGAAUAGGGAGAUGCAUCUGGAAGAUGGGAGGUUCCUGAUUGCUGCCAAGAACUACGAUAGCUUGUUGGAGAGAUUCAACCAGGAACAGCUAGACAAGUGGGGCUUGGUACGAGUUUCCGAAGACUUCAGGGUGAUAGCACUGGGAUUGCCAGUUCCGAAGUAUCGAGGAUCACCGCUUGAUCCUCCACUGAGAUCCCGAUUCCAAGCGAGAGAUGUUAGCGAGCUUCCGUACCUGGAUAUCCUAACUGAAGCGAAGCUUCUGGCGAAUGAAAAGAACCCGGAACUGCUCACCAAGCUGACCUCUUUCGGAUUCAGCGUCUUGUCGUCAGCUUCUUCUUUGCCAGACUUCCCGAUCGACAACAUCCGCUACGUUGGAAUGCUAGUCAACAAUAACCCGCUACAGGCUGAGCAUAGUCUGCUAACCCGUCUCUACCCUUAUCCGGUGUUCCUGGAAAAGGAAGGCAUAGGACUAACGAAGUCCCUCAUGGAAUCGCUGCAGAUUCAACCGGAUCAAACACCCUCAACCCAGAUCGUCAGCGUAGGCCCGGUCAACGAGGACACGCUCUCAGUAAACCUCAAGGUCAACACCAAACCCGUCAGCUUCACCAUGCAACGAGGCAAAUCCGACGUCCAGCAAACUCCGUCAACCUACAAGAACACCAACUACCAGCAGAACCUCCUCGCAGAGCUCAUCCAAUCCAUCGCCGUCGGCGACGUCUGCCUCGUCGGUCCCAAAGGGUGCGGCAAGUCCAUCGUAGCGAACGAGCUGUGCCGCCUGAUCGACCAGCAGGUCGAAACCAUGGUCCUGUACCAGGACAUGACCGCCCGUGACCUGAUCCAGAAGCGGACCACCAAGCUGAACGGUGACACCAUCUGGCAGGACUCGCCACUGCUGCUGGCAGCUCUGCGAGGUCACGUAAUCUCGCUCGAUGGUAUCCAUCGACUUCACCACAGUACCUUGGCUAUCCUGCACCGGCUGGUGCACGAUCGCGAAAUGCAGCUGUACGACGGUCGCCGGCUGAUGCGACACGAUCGGUACGAUCGUCUGCUCGAAAUGGGUUUCUCGAAUGAGGAGCUGACGACGCGAGGGAUCCUCCGUAUCGAUCCGGCGUUCCGGAUCAUCGCGAUGGCCGAACCACACCAGAAAACCGGCACCAACUGGAUCACCGCCGAAACGCUGAACCUCUUCCUGUUCCACGAGAUUCGUGGACUCAGUCAGGACGAGGAACUCAAGGUGAUCGACUCCCUGUACGGCCCGCUGGACAAUACCAUGCACCAGAUCCUGAAGGUAGCCCACUACCUGCGAUCAGCCAGCGAUACUACCAUGAAGAACCUGGCGAGCAAUCUGUCCACCCGACAGCUGCUUCGAAUCGCUCGACGACUCCACGAGUACGGCGAGCACCUGUCGGACCGUUCCGCGUACAGCAUUCUGCACAACACAUUCCUCACCAAGUUUAUGCCCAACUUGCCGCGAAGCGUCCUCGAGAACGCGCUUCGAUCGUGCGAUGUGACCGUAGGUCACGAAAGUCGCGCCGAAUACGUUACCAUAUCCAGUGAUCAGGGAGUCCUUCGCAUCGGAAGGACCGAGGUGCCCAUCUAUCAGACGGAAGCGGUUAGCAAGGUUCCCGACAUCGUGUUCUACAACGUGCCGCAGCACGUCAAGCUAAUGGAGCGACUGCUGCAAGACUUCACGCUUGGCGAACACCUCCUCCUGGUAGGAAAUCAGGGCGUCGGUAAGAACAAGAUCGCUGAUCGUCUCCUUCAGCUGAUGAAUCGACCUCGGGAGUACAUCCAACUGCAUCGGGAUACCACCGUGCAGUCGCUCACCCUACAAGCAAGCAUCCGGGACGGCAAAAUCAUUUACGAAGACUCCCCGCUGGUUAAAGCGGUCAAAAGCGGACACGUCCUCGUCGUAGACGAAGCCGACAAAGCGCCAAUCCACGUGACCUGCAUCCUCAAAACCCUGGUCGAAAACGGUGAGAUGAUGCUGUCCGACGGCCGGAAAAUCUGCCCUCCAGCUCGAGGCACCCCAGAAGCCAACGAUUCCAUCUACACCCACCCCGACUUCCGAAUGGUGGUCCUCGCCAACCGACCUGUUCCCUUCCUCGGCAACGACUUCUUCGCCGCCCUCGGCGAUCUCUUCUCCUGUCACGCCGUCGACAACCCCUCGCCAAAUUCGGAAAUCUACCUGCUGAAACAGUACGGACCGGACGUACCGGAGGCGACCAUCCGCAAGCUGGUGGACGCCUUCUCCGAGCUGCGCGACAUGGCCGACGGCGGCAUCCUGAACUACCCGUACUCGACGCGCGAAGUGGUCGCCAUCGUCAAGCAUCUGCAGCGCUUCCCGAACGACGACAUGGCCGAGCUCAUUGGGAACGUGCUGGACUACGACCGACAGCCGGAAACGCUCGAUCAGGUGACGAACGUGCUGCUGAAGCACGGGCUGGAGAUUGCGCCGUACGCGAAGAACGAGCUGGCUUCGUUGAGGCGACAGCGCGAGAUCCAGAUGACGAUCAAGAGCCAUAGUGGGAAGGACGUUUCGGGGCCGAAGCACGGGAAGGUCGAUCCGAACAAUGACCCUCACGUGGGUGGGAAUACCUGGGCUGGGGGCUCUGGUGGACGGGACACCGCCGGGUUAGGGGGUAAAGGAGGUCCGUACAGGUUGGACUCUGGUCACAAGGUUCACCAGCUGUCGGACGCCGAGAAGGACGACAUCCCGGAACACGUGAAGCAAGCGGCUCGCGAGAUGAACCGGAAGGCAUUCGAGCAGAAGCUCAAGGAGAUCCAGAUGAGCGGGUACGACCACAAAGUCUACACGGAGUUCAGCGCUCCAGUGCAAAAGCAAGUCCAACAGUUGCGAGUGAUUCUGCAAGCGCUGCAAGCCAAGAGCAAGGAACGCCAGUGGCAGAAGCACCAAACAUCCGGAGAAAUGGACGACACCAAGCUGGUCGAGGGAAUCACCGGCGAGAAGAACAUCUACAAGAAGCGCGCCGAGCAAGAACCGGAACCGGGACAACCCCAGGAAAAACCCAAACGCCUCAAGCUACUCGUAGACGUGUCCGGCUCGAUGUACCGCUUCAACGGGUACGACGGCCGCCUCGAUCGUCAGCUGGAAGCCGUCGUCAUGGUCAUGGAAGCGUUCGACGGGUUCGAAACCAAGAUCAAGUACGACAUCGUCGGGCAGCGGCGAACCGUCGAAAUCCCCUUCAUCAACGCCAACAACACCCCCCGCGACGACAAGCGCCGGCUGGAGACGAUCAAGAUGAUGCACGCGCACUCGCAGUUCUGCUGGAGCGGCGAUCAUACGCUGCCGGCGGCCCGGAAUGCCGUGGACGCGCUCGCCAAGGAGGACUGCGACGAGGCAAUCGUGGUGGUGCUGAGCGAUGCGAACCUGUCGCGGUACGGCAUUUCGCCGCGCAAUUUGAACGAUAUUCUGCAGAAGCAGGCGCCGAAGGUGCAGGCGUACGUGAUCUUCAUCGGCAGUUUGGGCGAUGAGGCGCAACUGAUCACCAACAAUAUGACCGCUGGAAAGAGCUUUGUGUGCAUGAACCUCGAGCAGCUGCCGCAGAUUUUGAAGCAGAUCUUCGCUGCUUCGGUGCUACAAUAAGAUUUGGCCUUCUUCAAGGGGUUUCAGGGUUUCUGUUUGCAUGUUUACAGGUAUGACUAGGCAUUUAAAGUGAGUUGUAUAUAAGAUUUUGAGAGAUUAAUAAAACAUACAAAA